AUCAGCUUGAUAUAAAAAUCUUAGUUUUUAAAAUAAUUUGAUUGAGAUGGGUAUAUGUUAAACAACUCAAAUAAAAAAGGAUGAUAACUUACAGAAUUUGCAAGCACCUAUACUGUACACAAAGAAAUCUCCAUAGUUAGGAAUGCAUAAUGCAUAUAUUGAAAAUCUUCCAUUUAUAGAUGAGUUUAGUCAUGAGUAAGAGUAAUGGAAAGUUAGAAGAGCUUAACAUAGAUAUAAUAAUGAUAUUAUAUAUAAUGGAUAGUGGAUGGGAAAUAAAAGAAAUGGAAUAGGUAGAUUAGAUUGGGGAGGUAGUGUAUUAUUGUAAAAUAGAUGGAAGUUAUUAUGAGGGGAACUGGAAGAAUGAUUAAAUAGAUGGUAAUGGCAGAUUUGUAAGUAAAAAUUUUGUUGUAGAAGGAUAAUGGUAAACAAACAAAUUGAAUGGUUAUGUUAUAUACAAAAUUGAUGAUAUAUAUAAGUAUGAAGGAUAUUGGUAAGAAGAUUGCAAACAAGGAAUAGGAAAAGAAUAGUAUGAUGAUGGCAGUCAUUAUAUUGGCAAUUUCAAUCAAAACGUUAAAUCAGGUAUUGGAAUAUAUAUUUGGAAUGAUGGAACUAAAUAUGAAGGAAUGUUCUAAAUGGAUUUAUUAAAUGGAUAAGGACUAUUAAAAUGGUCUAACGGAAGCUAUUAUUAAGGAGAAUUUCUUAAUAAUUAUUUACAUGGACAAGGAUGCUUCUAAUGGAAUGAUGGAAGAAAAUAUGAAGGAAAUUAUCUCUAUGAUUACAAAAAUGGAUAUGGUAAGUAUUUCUGGGAAAAUGAUCAAAAAUAUGAAGGAUUUUGGAAGAAUGAUAAAUGGAAUGGUCAUGGAAUACUCACCAAAAAUAAUUAAGUCAUUGAAGGUGAAUGGAAUUAAGGUAAAUUGGAAACUAAUAAAUGA